AUGGCGGCCAAGCGCAGCACGUCGCGCAUCUUCCGCGGCUCGCGGGUCGAGGACGAGGUGGCGCUGUGCGCGAGCGUGGCGCCCGCGGGCGUCUCGUCCGCCUCGUCCUCGUCGGACGCCGGCGAGCUCGCGCUGGGCUCGAGCACGAGCGGUUACAACACGCUGGGCAGCCCCGCGCCCGUGCUGCAGUCGCCGCGCCAGGUGCGACGCAAGAGCCGAAGGGACCACGAGCAGAUCCCGGACGAGGACGAGCUCGUGGACUACGCGGCGCAGCACACGCCCGCUGGGGCGGUUAACACGGUCAACACAGGAGCAACCACAGCAGCGGCAGCAGCAGCAGGAGGACACGCAGACAAUGAGCCGCUGAGAGAGGUCUACUUCAACUACGCGCCGGGCAACGCGGUGUUCGACAAGUGCUCGAACGUCGUGGUGACGUCCAAGUACUCGCUCGUGACGUUCCUGCCCAAGUUCGUCAAGGAGAGCUUCAGCAAGGUGGCCAACUUCUUCUUCCUCAUGGUCUGCGUGCUGCAGAGCAUCCCGAGCAUCAGCAACACGUACGGCUACCCGACGAACGCGCCCGUGCUCUUCUUCGUCAUCUCGAUCGACGCCGUGUUCGCCGUCAUGGAGGACCUGAGACGCCACAAGUCGGACAACGAGGCCAACUCGGCCACGUGCCACGUCAUCCAGGACGGACACGUCGUGGACCGCAAGUGGGCGGACAUUAAGGUCGGCGAUUUCCUGCAGAUCCGCAACCGAGAGGUGAUCCCGGCCGACGUGCUGGUGCUCGCAGUGUCGGAGCCCGUGGGGGAGCCGCCCAGCGGCAUCUGCUACGUCGAGACCAAGAGUCUGGACGGAGAGACGAACCUCAAGCUGCGCCAGGCCGUGGCCGCCACCAUGAGCUCGCUGGCCAACGCGGCCGAGCUGGCGCUGCUGCGCGGCGUGGUCAAGUGCGAGCAGCCCAACCCGCACAUCAACAAGUUCGCCGGCAAGGUGGAGGUGACGGUGGGCGACGGCUGCGGCGUCGAGGUCAUGCCGCUCUCGGUCAAGAACGUGCUGCUGCGCGGCUGCAACCUGCGCAACACGGACUGGGUCUUCGGCCUCGUGCUGAAUACCGGUAACGACACCAAGAUCAUGCAGAGCGCCAGCGCCGCGCCCUCCAAGUGGAGCGACCUCAUGCUGCACAUCAACCGCAUGAUCGUGAUCCUGUGCAUGGGGCUCUUCGUGGCCUGCGCGGUGGCCGCGACGUGCUAUAUUACCUGGCAAUACGACAUCGUGCGCAACACGUGGUACAUCCAGCUCACGGACGCCGAGCGGAACCGCACGCGCUUCGUGGCGUUCAUCCAGAUGCUGUUCUACUACUUCCUGCUGCUCUACCAGGUGAUCCCCAUCUCGCUCUACGUGUCCAUGACGAGUGUCAAGUUCCUGCAGUCGCGCUUCAUGUCGUGGGACCUCGAGAUGUAUCACGCCGAGACGGACACGCCCGCCAUUGUGCGCACCAUGGAGCUGAACGAAGAGCUGGGCCAGAUCUCGUACGUCUUCAGCGACAAGACCGGCACGCUCACGUGCAACAUCAUGGAGUUCCGCAAGUGCUCGAUCAACGGCACGUCCUACGGCUCCGGCAUCACGGAGAUCGGACGCGCAGCGCUCGUGCGCGCUGGGAAGCCCAUUCCGCCCGAGCCCAAGCUGGACCCGAGCAUCAAGAGGAUCCCGUUCGUCAACUUUGUGGACAAGGCGCUGUUUGACGGUAUGAAGGGCAGCGCUGGGGAGGAGCAGAAGGAGAAGAUCUUGCAGUUCUUUGAGCACUUGGCUGUGUGCCACACGGUGAUCCCCGAGAAGCUGGAGUCUGGCGAAGUGCGUCUGUCGGCUUCGUCUCCUGAUGAGCAGGCUCUGGUGGCGGGCGCAGCGUUCGCAGGCUUCAAGUUCGAGAGCCGUAGCGUGGGAACGGCGACUGUGGAGGUCUUGGGCCAGCGCGUGUCGUACGAGAUCCUGGACGUGCUCGAGUUCAACAGUACGAGGAAGCGUAUGUCCGUUGUGGUCCGCAAGCCCAGCGGUGAGCUGCUGCUGUACACGAAGGGAGCCGACAUGAUGAUCUACCAGCGCCUGAAGGACGACCCGGCCAUGCUGAAGCUCAAGAACAUCACGCGCGACCACAUGGAGAAGUACGCGGACGACGGCUUGCGGACGCUGGCGCUGGCCAUGAAGAAGCUGGACGAGCGCUGGUUCCAGCAGUGGAAGAUGCGCUUCGACGACGCGCAGGGCAACGUGGCGGAGAUCGACCGACGCAAAGACGGCAAACCGAACGCGAUCGAUGACCUGAUGGAGGAGAUCGAGGAGGGACUAGAGCUUAUCGGAGCAACGGCUAUUGAGGACAAGCUUCAAGAUGGCGUGCCGCAGUGCCUAGCUAACUUGACGCGCGCAGGUAUCAAGGUCUGGAUGCUCACGGGCGACAAGGAGGAGACUGCGAUCAACAUUUCGUACGCGUGCUCGCUGCUGGACAACUCCAUCCAGCAGGUUGUCGUGAACGCGACUACGUGUCCGGACGAGGCCGCGAUCCGCGCCAAGUUGAACGCUGCAGCUCGGGAGUUCAUGGAGAACGCGAAGGGAGGGAUGGCUGGAGGUGGUGAACGUGAGAUCUCGUUGAUUAUCGAUGGUGAGGCGCUCGAGAUGGCGCUACGACCUGGAACUGCACCCCACUUGCUGUCAGUUGCCAAGCUGUGCCGUGCUGUGAUCUGCAACCGCGUGUCUCCUGCCCAGAAGGCCGAGAUGGUGAAGCUUGUGAGGGACAACAUCACGACUGUGCGCACUCUCGCUAUUGGUGACGGCGCCAACGACGUCGCUAUGAUCCAGGCUGCUCAUGUUGGUGUCGGUAUAUCUGGACAGGAAGGUAUGCAGGCUGUGAACUCGAGUGACUACGCCAUCGCGCAGUUCCGCUUCUUGGAGCGGCUGCUGCUGGUUCACGGACGCUGGAACUACAUUCGUAUCUCCAAGCUGGUGCUCUACAUGUUCUACAAGAACAUCACGCUGGUGCUGGCGCAGUACUGGUACGGCUACCUCUCGGGCGCCUCUGGCUCCAAAAUGUACUGGGAGAUCGGUGUGCAGCUGUACAACGUGGCGUUCACGGGCCUGCCGAUUGUGGUGGUGGGCGUGCUGGACAAGGACCUCCCGGCUCCGUUCAGCCUCGAGUACCCGGACUUGUACCGCCGCGGACCGGAGCGAUUCUACUUCAACAUGUACACAUUCGGCCGCUGGAUCGCCGCAGCCUUCUACGAGUCCAUGAUCAUCUUCGUGGUCAUGUCGUACGGCUUCAACGCGUCGGAGAAGGCGGCGGGCAGCGAGUCGCGCGUGGAGUUCGGCAUGGUGGCGUUCUCGCUGACGGUGUUGAUCGUGAACAUCAAGAUCUGGAUGAUCGCUGACCGGUGGACGGUGCUGUCGUUCUCUCUGUGGUUCGGCAGCGUCAUGUCGUGGUUCAUGUUCGCCGCUAUCGGCACCGAGACGCCGUACUUUGCCACGUACAAGGUCGGCUACGACGAGUUCGGAGCGUUCGCCCCCACCGCCUGGACGUGGGGCUACUUCCUCGUCCUGGCCAUGGGCUGCUCGCUGGCGUUGGGGCGUCACAUUGCCUACAACCUGUACCAGCGGACGUUCCACCCGGACCUGGCCCAGCUACUGCAGGAAUCUAUGGGUGGCACGGCGCAGCGCAAGUACCAGCGACGCCUGACCAUCAACCACUCGGAGGAGCAGACGCUAUCCAUGUCCCUGGACGACGUCCACACCACCGGGUACCUGAGCGACUUCGGACACUCAGACGCCGAGAUCCUCAAGGCCCAACACCCGCAGAGCUUCACCGCUGCGACGCUGUACGAGCAGCCGAAGAAGAGCUCCUCGGCUUCCGCGGCCUCCGCCUCCGUCAGCUCUGGAGUCGCCGAGAGCUACUCGGCCAGUGUAUUCAGCGAGUCCAUCUCCGAGGACGCGACGUGGGAGCGCGUGCCGGCCAAGAUGUUCCGGCCCACAACAAGUCGGCGCAACACAGGCUUCGCCUUCAGCUGCGACGAGGAGACAACACUGGCCGAGUCAUACAUUGCGUCCAACUCGCUGCCGCGCUCGGACGCCAUCUCGACGGCCAUGCGGAACUCGACCUCAAGCUCAACAGGUGGCGCCAGCGCGCGCAGAGUCUCAAUGGGCCGCGUGCGCCUGCUGUCCUAGUCGACGGAAAGGCGUACUUACUUUACAACAGGCCUACCUACAUUACCCCCCAAGUUCCUCGAAAACGCCACAAGCAGAUCGUCCAUUAUCUUGACGGAGUCCGAGGCCGCUCGUGCUCGUCUCCGUAGCGCAACCUUGCACUGUAUUUAAGAGCGUUAAGAGGAACCCUUCUUGUCUUUCUAUAGUCGUCUUGUGGAGUGCAGCUCGUCGAUGGCUUCGCCUUCCCCGCUUGCUUUGUUCGCGUCUUGGCGAAGGCAAUAAAAUACAAGCUGGCAUGGCGUGAUC